AACACAACCCUAACCCUAAUAUUUUUCCCUUUCCCAGCCGCCUUUCCACCUUUCCCUUUACCUUCACCACGGCACACACUAACACGACACAAAACGCACGCAGAAGGAAGAGAAGAGAAGAGAGAACUGCUGCCACGCAUCUAGCCUUUGCCGUACCCACCGAUCUGCCAAACCCGCUGCACCUCACCGCCGCGCAGCUUGUCGUCGUGCCAGCCACCCACACCAGAGGAGGAGAGAGAGAGAUCGGGCAGAAAGAGACGUGAAGAGAGAGAAGGAUUCGUGCCGCUGCGGUCUGCAUCAUCGUCGUCACCACCAGCUUCUACCACCGUCGAGGUUGUGGCGAAUAGGAGAAGAUGAAGCUGCCCAUGUCGCCGCCGUGAGGAGCCGUGAGAAGCCGUGAGAUCCGUCACCGUCAUCGUCACAAAUGGCACAGCCAUUGUCAUUGAACCCAGCCGCCACCAUCGCAAGCUCCGUUGCCACUGUUGGAGUUGCUGUACUGAGCUUCUGGGUGCCGGGAACGGUAUUGUGGCCGCUGGAACCUUGGUUUGAACCGUUGCCGUUUUGUAUGGUCGUUGCUCCUUGGUUAUGGGUCAUGUUCCAGUUAUUACGAGUUGCGAUCGAAGCUACCGCUGCUGCAGGCCAGGAGGAAAAAGGGGUUUUUGACGCGUUCUAUAGCUUUCGGGUUUCGACAAUCAAGUAAAGUAUGAAAUGUCAAGCUGGUUCAGCAUAAACUUAACGAACCCAUGCUUAGAACAGGUUGGUCAUUCAUACUAUUAGAAAACUUUUUAAGAUCUUUUUAUCUGAAAAGUGAGUUUCUAAUUUUUGGAAAUUAACUGAUUUUCUUUAAAAUUCUUUUGAAUUUUUGGUGGUUAAACCAUCGGUUUUCAAAGGAUGCAUAAGACAAAGAUAAUCACUGAGUUUGAAAAUGAUUUUCUUAAUGAAUAUCUUCUUAUGAUAAUUCUGAAAACUCUGUGGUGAGACCGUAUGGUGAGACCGUAUAGUUAGGUUCUCACCCCCUACAACUUUAUC